CAGGCUUAUUUCAUGGAAACAGGAUUAGAUUGAGGCUUUAUAAGCGGAGGAGAUAGGGAAGUCUGUCGCAGCCAUGUCUUGUCCGUUUUUACGCGAGCAACCUGUUGCGGAAGGUGCGAGAAUAAUUCGCAGAGCUUUUCAAAUUAAUCGGGUAUUGUGGGAUAGACAGGAUCCUUUAGCCCAGCGCGAAAGUGUAAUUGUUGAGAGAUACCGUUUUUCUCGUGAGGGUGUCAUUUACAUCAUUAAUUUGUUGGAACCACACAUUAAGUGUUCAACACGGAGGAGUCUGGCUUUGACCACUGCACAGACUGUGUGCAUUGCCCUGAGAUUCUUUGCGAGUGGCACUGUCUUUUAUACUAUUGGAGACGCAGAGAACUUAGUGAAAAGUGCUGUCUGUCGUGCCAUUCGCAAAGUUUACCUGGCACUCAAGCAGUUUUUAGGGGUUUUUGUGGUAUUCCUAAGCCACUUAAGACCCCAGGUUGUAAAGCAGAAUUUUUUCGCUAUUGCAGGCUUCCCUAACGUGAUUGGUGCCAUAGACUGCACACAAAUCCCCAUCAAGGCCCCACCUGGCCCAAAUGAAGGAGAUUUUGUGAACCGAAAGGGGGUUCACAGUGUAAAUGUGCAGAUGGUGUGUGACUCUAUGUUCCAUAUUACAAAUGUGGAAGCAAAAUGGCCAGGAUCAGUGCAUGACUCAAGAAUUUUCAGAGAGUCACAUUUAUGCACAUUAUUUGAACGUGGGGAUUUUGAUGGGAUCCUGCUUGGAGACAGGGGCUAUGCCUGCAGGCAGUAUUUUAUGACGCCCUUCCCUGACCCAAACCCUGGACCACAAACCCGUUACAAUGCAGCUCUAGCCAGGACAAGGGCACGCAUUGAAAUGACCUUUGGGCAACUAAAGGAAAGAUUUCAGUGUCUGAAAAGUCUGAGGGUUGCACCUGACAGGGCCUGUGACAUAAUUGUUGCAUGUGCCAUAUUGCAUAACAUCGCCACUAUCAGAAAGGAGAGGAUCCCUGUGGUGGGGGUGCAGCCUGAUGAUGACCUCCAGCCAGUGCACUUGGACCAACCUAGUGGCAGAGCUGCACGGGACAGAAUUGUGGAACACCAUUUUUGA